AUGGUCGCGCAGCAGCCGCUCGCCCCCACAUGAUGAAAUUUGACCAUAUUGAAUGAAAACCGAACAAAACCCCUUGUGGGGAUCAAAUGAUGACUCAAAGCCUCACCCUAUAGGCAAGGUUGUCUCCUACACGGUGUUUUCUUCUGCCGCCCCGCCUCCUCCGCGUCACUUUCUCGCUCCACUUAUGCCCUGGCAGCCAUUUUCGCCAAACUUGCUCGAGUUAGAGUAAUGUCACGUGAAUUGCCCCUAAAAACCGUCGCC